AGAGAGCGGAGAGGGAGAGUGCGGAGCGGAGUGCGAAGCUGGAGAGUCUUUUACACCACGUGACGUGACUGUUUGUGUCUAUGGAGACCCCGCUGAGUGUUGUCAUACACGCUGCCAGAGGACCUCUUGUGAGCCAGACCUGAACUGUGCGGUGAAUUGUUUUUGGCUCCGCCCCCAGCGAUGGGCCACCAGCUGUCCAGCCAGGGGGCGAUCAACAAACUUCCCGAGAAGGUGGCCAAGCAUGUGACCCUGGUGCGUGAGAGCGGCUUCCUGACGUACGAGGAGUUCCUGGGGCGAGUCGCUGAGCUCAACGAUGUGACGGCGCGGUUGGCCUCGGGACAGGACAAACAUCUCCUGUUUGAAGUGCAGCCAAUUAAUAAAACCAGCGGCACUGUGGAGGUGUCCCGGAUCAUGAACCUCUACCAGUUCAUCCAACUCUACAAGGACAUCACCAGUCACGCCGACAACGUCUACGCCCAGAGCACCGCGUACGCCGACAACGCCGAGAACCUCUCCUCUGUGUCUUCCUGCCAAGCCAGCAUCCUAAUGGGGAAGGUGAAGCAACUUACGGACGAGGAAGAGUGCUGCAUCUGCAUGGACGGCCGCGCUGAUCUCAUCCUGCCCUGCACUCACACCUUCUGCCAGAAAUGUAUUGACAAAUGGAGCGAUCGGAACCGCAACUGCCCAAUCUGCCGCCUGCAGGUGACCGAAGUGAACGACUCCUGGGUGGUGUCUGAAGCCCCGACUAAAGAAGACGUGGCCAAAUACAUCCUGAACCUGGCGGACGAGGUCGGGCAGCCCAACGACGCCUUGUUCUGACCGCCCACGCGGACUUUUCCCAGCGAUAGCCAAGGGCUCGUCCAGGCGAGUAUUGAGCGCUUCCUCUGCUCGGCCUUUCCUGCGCCAAUGACGUUCAUCUGCGGGUGAACGGAGCUCUCCUUCACACACGGCGCCGGCAAGGACACGCUUAGACAUUAGCCGCCGG